AUGGUUCUGAAUGAAGCUGGAAUAAAUGAACCGUACAACAGACUGGAAUUUCCAGAAAUGCCUAAAAGUUACAAAGGAUUUCAAGUGCAACCAUCAGUAAUAUCGUUUAAAUCAGGUCAGUCAAUAAUGACGAUGCAUAAUACGGGUGAAUUUCCAGUCCUCUACAAGGUCAAGUGUACAUCAAACCACCGCAUUAGUAUUCUGGACUGUGCAGGUAUCCUACUUCCAAAACAUGAAACGGUAGUAUUAGUGCAUCGUCAUAACAGCAAGAAAAAAAAACCAAUGCUGGACAAGGAUUUCUUUCUGAUACUCUAUACACUGGUUGGCCCUCAGUGGUGCAAUAACGAUGCCAAUGCAUUCCUAUGUUGGAGACGAGUAAAAGUCCAACAAAUACCGGUCAAAUCCAUUCUCAUUCCGACCAAGGAAUUAAAUAAAGUGAAACUUCUUGCUAAAGCUCUGAACUUCAAAGAAAUUAUAAUGGAAAAGCUUGAAAACCAAAAAAACCAUAAGACAGUAAAUAUUUGCGGAACAGUGAAAACUUUAUUGUAUACUGCACCGGAAAGACUAGAAAAUCUAAAGCGCAGAAAGCAAUAUUUUAGACAAGAUGAGCCGAAGUAA